AUGUUUACGCCGGCGGCGAAACGCCGACGUAUCGACGCGGCAAACGAGACGCUCCGGAAACCUUUCAAAUCGCCCUUGGUGCGGGACCGAGGCCAAGACCCGGACCAGGAUGGCGCUGCAGAUCCUGCGGCUGAAGGUGAGACUACGGCACCCGCAGCGGCACCCGCAGCGGCCACCGCGGCGACAGCGUCGUUGUCAUCUGCGAGUGGCCUCGCUGCGUCGACACCACGGAAGGCUACUCGGAAGGCGCCAUCCGCGAAACAGGCCGUGAGUACGCCUACGCGCCGGCCCUUUAGCGUACCGCGACCGCAAGUUCCGCAGACGGGCGCUUUGGCUUCGCCUUCGCUGCUGCGGAUGACGGCUGCUUCCUACGGUCUCAAGAAAGGAGGCGCAACUGUUGCUGGGCUCGGUGGUGGUGGUGGUGGUAGCAGGAGUGAGAGGGAGGCGGAGGGUCGGGAGGAGAUUCUGCGGCAGGCUGGGCGGAUCCGCGGCGGCGGCGUGGGAGAGGGGGAGACGGACGAGGAGCUGGUUGGGUUGAUUGGCAAGUGGAGGGCGGCGAGCCGGAUUGCGGCGGAGGAGGUUUUUGAAGGAUCCAGGGAGAGGGUCGAGGGGAUGGGUGGGUUGAGGGCCUGGAGGAGGGCUCAGAGGGAGGAUGAGGUCAGGUUUAUGGAGGGAGAGGCCUGUGGGAAGGUUCGUCGUCAGGGUGAGGAGUGGGAGGAGGGAGAUGAGCGGCGGGGUCGUGGGGAGGGCGGUGGCGGAGGAGAAUAUGAGGGCGAGGGUGAAGUUGAGGAGGAAGAGGAUGAGGAGUUCACGAUGGGGACGAUGCUCAAGAGUAUGAACAUCGACUUUGAUAUUAUUGGCUACGAUGAAGAUACCGGGUGGUGGAGGGACGGGUGA